CGCCAUAAAUCAUAAUAAAUAAGCCCUCUGAGAGGGAUACUGAUAUGAGAGAGGGGUACAGAGACGUCGGCAGCCUCAAUGGAGAGAGGCACUUGAGCUUGAGUGUGCUCAGGCUGCUGUAUAUUAUUGCCCGCGCGAGCUGCCCCGCCCCACAGAGAAGGAAUGGAAAGGCGUACGUGAGAACAAGAGAAAGAGGGCGAGCGAGCGAGCGAGCGAGCGGCGGGAGAGAGAGAGAGAGAGAGAGAGAGAGAGAGAGAGAGAGAGAGAGAGAGAGAGAUGGACGGAACAAUGGCGGCCUCAGCAGGAGAGAUGCUGAAGAGUGAUACGUUGCUGUCGCCGGUCGUUGUUCAAAUCUUCAUCCCUGCUUGCGCUGUAGUGGGCAUUGCGUUUGCAAUUCUGCAAUGGUCGAUUGUUGCUAAAGUGCAGGUGAAGAGGACAGAAAACGAUGCGACAGGCUAUAACCAUAUGCUCGCCGACGAGGGCGGGUUGGAAGAUCCUAGUGUUCUCAACAAAGUAGCAGAGAUUCAGGAUGCGAUUUCAAUGGGUGCGGUUUCGUUCUUGACGACGGAGUAUUGGUAUCUAGCAAUCUUUAUGGGAUUAUUUACGUUCAUCAUAUUCCUAUUCCUGGGUUCGGUGGACAAGUUUGGAAGAAAGUGGACGCCAUGCGAUCCAGCGGCGCCUGAGGGGAAGAUGUGUGCUCCGAGCAUUGCGGUCGCAGGCUUCAGUGCUUUGGCAUUUGCACUUGGGGCGUUGACGUCCACUCUGUCGGGGUAUCUCGGCAUGAAGAUCGCUACGUACGCCAAUGCGCGGACAACGUUGCAGGCAAGGAAGGGAAUAGGUGCCGCCUUCUCGGUGGCAUUUCGAGCAGGCUCUGUGAUGGGUUUCCUGCUCACUGCUAAUGGCCUUUUGGUCCUAUACUUGGCCAUUCUGGGAUUCAAGCAAUACUUUGGAGAUGACUGGGUGGGCCUCUACGAGUCCAUCGCGGGGUAUGGCCUCGGGGGAUCGUCGGUAGCUCUGUUCGGCCGAGUGGGAGGAGGCAUCUACACGAAGGCAGCUGACGUGGGAGCCGAUCUGGUGGGGAAGGUGGAGCAGAACAUUCCAGAGGACGACCCCAGGAACCCUGCUGUGAUUGCGGAUAACGUCGGUGAUAACGUGGGUGACAUCGCUGGGAUGGGUGCAGAUCUGUUCGGCUCGUUUGCGGAGUCCACGUGCGCUGCACUGGUCAUCUCUUCUCUAUCUUCCAUGGGCACGGCGAGAGAUUUUGCAGCCAUGAGCUUCCCUCUGAUGAUCACUGCCGUGGGCAUCAUCGCCUGCAUUGUGACCACACUUGUCGCUACAGACAUCCAGGUGGUUGGGAGCAUAAAAGAGAUUGAGCCCAGUCUGAAAAGGCAGCUGUUGAUCUCGUCCGUCCUUAUGACUUUCGGGAUUCUGGCGGUAUCGUUCCUGUGCCUGCCGUCGAAGUUUGAGAUCAUUGUUGCCGGGGAACCCAAUAAGGUGGUGAAGAACUGGUACAUGUUUUUCUGCGUGGCCGCCGGGCUUUGGGCGGGCUUGGUCAUCGGAUACGUGACUGAGUAUUUCACCAGUCACCAGUACAGUCCCGUGCGCGAUGUGGCGGACGCGUGCAGAACGGGAGCCGCAACGAAUAUCAUCUUUGGCCUGGCUCUGGGGUACAGGUCGGUGAUCGUGCCCGUCUUCGCCAUCGCGUGCGCAGUGUACCUGUCCUACAGCCUGGCAGCCAUGUACGGCAUUGCCUGCGCUGCGCUUGGAAUGCUCAGCACUCUCUCCACUUGCCUCGCUAUUGAUGCGUACGGGCCUAUCAGUGACAACGCCGGUGGAAUCGCAGAGAUGGCUGAGCUUGGCCCGGCCAUACGUGAGAAGACGGAUGCCCUGGACUCUGCGGGCAACACCACCGCUGCAAUCGGCAAGGGCUUUGCCAUUGGGUCGGCAGCUCUGGUGUCGCUUGCGUUGUUUGGUGCGUAUGUCAACCGGGCAGAGAUCGAGCAAGUGAAUGUGAUUGCGCCUCGGGAGUUUGUGGGCCUCAUCGUUGGUGCCAUGCUGCCGUAUUGGUUCUCCGCGAUGACGAUGAAGAGUGUGGGGAAGGCUGCCCUGGCGAUGGUGGAGGAGGUGAGGAGGCAGUUCAGCACAAUAGAAGGUCUCAUGGAAGGUACUGUCAAGCCAGACUACAAGAAGUGUGUGACGAUCUCGACCGAUGCCUCUCUCAAAGAGAUGGUUGCACCUGGAUGUCUGGUCAUGCUCACGCCCAUCAUUGCUGGUUUCUUCUUCGGAGUGGACACUCUUGCAGGUGUGCUUGCCGGAGCACUCGUCUCUGGUGUGCAGAUGGCCAUCUCAGCAUCGAACACGGGAGGCGCCUGGUCCAGAGACUUUUCUUAGACAUUCUUCCGUCUCUUGACUCUCAGGCUUGUCGUCUACCCCCUUCGUUAUUCAGUCUUGCUUUGGGGGCGCCUUUGAUUCCUUAUCCCCUUUUUCAUCUGUCUCCCCCAUACCAUGCUAUUCCUACCCGGCUGUUAGCUGGGGGGGGUGAAAAAAUCCGGGAAUUUGCCAUUAGGUCGC